UGGGUGGGUACCGGGGGGCACCGGGCGGGCUCCGGUGGGGCCGGGACCCCCCUCUUCACCUCCCGGGCCCCCUUCGUUAACGAUACAUCCCCUCUCGGUGCCUCUUGGCCCCUCCCCGGUGCCUCCUUCCCCCUCCCGGCAACGAUGAUCGAAGUCGUGUGCAACGACCGUCUGGGCAAGAAAGUACGGGUGAAAUGCAACACCGAGGACUCGAUCCGCGACCUGAAGAAACUGAUCGCGGCCCAGACCGGGACCCGCUGGGACAAGAUCGUGCUCAAGAAGUGGUACACGAUCUUCAAGGAUCACGUCACGCUGGGCGACUAUGAGAUCCACGAUGGGAUGAACCUGGAGCUCUACUACCAGUAGAGCCGUCCCCACCGGUUCCCGCCCCGGUUCCCCCUUCCCGGUGUUCUCUUCCCCCCACCCCCUAAAAUCCCGGUCUCCCCCCGGUAUCGCCGAGCAGGAGCCACGUUGAGGCUCUAAACCCUUCCCUGAAGUGUUUAAGUGAUUUAUAAUAAACGUAUUUCUCGA